CUCGAAAUGACACCUUUAGCACACGGAAUACCAAAAUGGCCGACUACCUCAAAACUCAAAAGGUAUAUUCUUCGUUACCAAGACUACUAAAACUCAAAUUGAGACUUCUCUUGUAUAAACACCAAGCCUCAUCAAAGAAGCAACCCACCUAUAAACGUAACGAAUUCUAAUUCUUUUUAACAAACUAUUAUUAUCUCUCAUCAUUUGGCGCCUUCUUCUUCAAAUCCCCAAUUCAACAUUUCCCCUAAAACCUCAAAAACCUUGAACCUCUUCAUCAAUGGCGGAAGAACGCUCAGAAAUCGCAUUCUUCGAUGUCGAAACAACAAUUCCAUUAAAACCAGGUGAAUCCUUCAUAAUCCUCGAAUUUGGGGCUAUUUUAGUUUGCCCUAAGAAGCUCGUUGAGCUCGAAAGCUACUCCACUCUUAUCUGCCCUAAUGAUAUCUCUCGUAUCUCCUCUAAAUCGGAGCGUUGCAAUGGUAUUUCACGCGCCGCCGUCUCCUCCGCCCCUCCUUUCUCCGCCAUUGCCGACAAAAUCUUCGACAUCCUGAAUGGGAGGAUUUGGGCAGGACAUAACAUAUUGAGGUUUGAUUGUCCUCGGAUUAGAGAGGCUUUUGCGGAGAUUGGGCGGUCGCCGCCGGAGCCGAAAGGGGUAAUUGAUUCUUUGGCUUUGCUUACUGAGAGAUUUGGUCGUCGAGCUGGAAAUAUGAAGAUGGCCACUCUUGCCACUUACUUUGGACUGGGUCAUCAAACUCAUAGGAGCUUGGAUGAUGUGCGCAUGAAUCUUGAAGUCCUCAAGUAUUGUGCAACUGUUCUCUUUUUGGAGUCAAGUCUUCCAGACAUUCUUACAAGAGACAGUUGGGUUUCUCCGACUUCUACUACAAGAAGAACUCGUAGUGGUGGGAGAACUUCACCCAUGGAAAUAAGCUAUGCUCCCAAUUCAGAUCCAGUGCCUGAAAACCCUUCAAAUCAAACCAUGGGGGAGCAGCUACUCAAUGUGGUUGAGCCCAGUAGACCCAACCCAGAUCCGAUGCCUGAAAACCCUUCAAAUCAAACCAUGGGGGAGCAGCUACUCAAUGUGGUUGAGCCCAUUAGACAUGAAGCGGAACCUUUUGACAUGAGAAGGCUUUCUGAGGAAAUAAUGGACGAUGCCAUUCAAGAAGAUGAUGCAGAAGAAAAAAGACCUAUAACUGAAUCCCCAGGGAUGUCUCGCCUAUCAACUAUAUUUGAGGGCUGCAGCGAUUCUGCUUAUUUAACUCCUGAGGAUGUUUCCAUUCCUUUGAUCAGUGCAUCUCUAGUCCCAUUUUAUCGCGGGAGUCGUAGGAUUCAGAUACUGCAUGAUACUGUUUUACUCAAACUUCACUGUACCCAUCUGAAAGUGAGAUUUGGAAUUAGUACAAGGUUUGUAGAUCAGGCAGGCCGCCCUAGGUUGAGCUUUGUAGUAGAUGCCCCUCCAAGCGUAUGUCAAGUUCUCGAAGCAUGUGAUAAUCAUGCACAGAGUUUGUUUGCAGAGUCUGGUAGCACAUCUGAUUGGAGGCCCGUGGUAGUCAGAAAGAAUGGAUACUGGAACUUCCCUACUAUACGACUCCAUAUACCUACUGUUGUAACUGAAGAUAUUGCAAAGUAUGGUACCGAAAUUUGCCAAAGAGAAGCUGCUUCAGGUGCUGAGCAAAAGCUUCUUUUCAGUACGUUUGAUCCUCCGGAACUCGAUUGUUUGUUCACAGCUGGAACUUUUGUUGAUGCGUUCAUCUCCUUGAAUCAAUAUGAUUUCCAGCAGACUGCAGGCAUCCGAUUAGUAGCAGAAAAGCUGGUUAUCCAUUCUAGCUGACUCUGCAGUUCAUGUCAAAUUUGUCCUAACCCAUCAAAACCAAGGGGUACGUCCUUUUUCGGACCUGUAUAUAUAGAUGACCACCGGAGUGGACUUUGCAGAGAAAGGUAGAAUUUGAUGAUUAGUUUGGACGAGUUAGGUGUUAAAAUUAUUGUAUGUGUAAUUUGUUUGUUCCAUCUGCUAAUUAUCGUAGCUAAAUUAUUUCUGUACUUUUACAUUAUUAUCAAUGGCUCAACCUAUCUGAUUAGAUCAUACUAUCUAUUCAGGCCAAUUGUUAUUGUAAAUGUCGUCUGACUUAUUCAAUGUUAGUUUCCGUUAAUAAAAUUCUUUUAUAAUUA